UAUCAUCUACGCUAUUAUAAGACUGGUACAUGCAUCCAUGAAACCGAUGCUCGUGGGCACUGUGUGAAAAAUGGACUUCACUGUGCAUUUGCUCAUGGUCCACAUGAUCUACGCCCUCCAGUAUAUGAUAUAAGGGAACUCCAGGCACAGGAAGCAUUGCAAAAUGGUCAACUUGGGGCAGGAGAGGGCCUUCCUGAUCUACAACCAGGUGUGCUGGCUAGUCAAGCCAUGAUAGAGAAAACGCUGUCUGAAGAUGCAAGAUGGCAGGAAACAAACUUUGUACUCGCAAAUUAUAAGACCGAACAGUGUAAUAAGCCACCUAGACUCUGUCGGCAAGGCUAUGCCUGCCCUCAUUAUCAUAACAGCCGGGACAGAAGAAGGAACCCUAGAAAAUUUAAAUACAGGUCUACUCCAUGUCCUAAUGUCAAACAUGGAGAUGAAUGGGGAGAGCCAACAAAAUGUGAGAGUGGAGAUAACUGCCAGUACUGUCACUCCCGCACUGAGCAGCAGUUUCACCCAGAGAUCUACAAGUCUACAAAAUGCAAUGAUAUGCGGCAGACAGGAUACUGCCCUCGAGGGCCUUUCUGUGCAUUUGCACACGUUGAACGAAUCCCUUCUACUGAGGAAGUCCAAAUUAUGAAUCAGGUAGCCUCCAUGAUGCAGGCAGGAGCUGCAGCAGGUGCUCAGUCCAAGCAAAGUGCUAGGCUUUAUUCUACAGAAAGUAUUGGAUCUGCAAGUGACUGGGGCUCGAGUAUUAACUCAGGCAGCAAUAAUGGACAAAUAGGAAAUGUUUCAUCAUCUAGCAGCCCAACAGUUACUUCAAGUUCAGAUCCUGCGACGUCCAGUGUUUCAUCACCGACAUCUACAUAUCCAAAAGCACCAGGAUUUGAGCGAGAAGAUCAGGCAAAGCAACAUAAGACCCAAACACUAGAGAGCAACCAGAAAUUAAACGAACACGAUAGUAAACAGAAUCUUUUAAAUGUGUUUUCGGUGGUAAAUCCACUAGCCUCCAGUAUAACAUCCAGUUUGGCAUCUAGUAUUGGAUCUGAUACUUCAUCUCCCUCUACAUUGUCAACUAUGAAUGCCAAAGCAGUUCCAUUUUACCCUGCUAGCAAUACAGUAGAAUCAGUAAUUGGUUCUGCUUUAGAUCUUCAUUUUAGUGACGUAAAUGUUGCAUCUCUUGAUAAGGAAUUAGAGGAUCAAGAUACUGGGGACAUAGGAUUAAAAGGUCAGAGAUUAUUGGGCAGUUCAGCACCUGUAAAUAUUCCAGGAUCACUUGCCCGCUCUUCAUCCUUGCAUUCUUCUUCUUCCCUAUCUGCUUCUCCACUUGGUUCCCUUUCCCAGUCUUUUCUUUCGACCAGCAUGGCUCCACAACAGCAGUCUCAGCAGUCAUCAAAGUCUGAGCAUGCUCUCCUGGGUACUUCAGCCUCCUCUCACAGUUCCUUAGGUUUGAAUGGUGUUUCUGGCAGUAUCUGGGAUCACUUUGUUAGUGGGAAUUUCUCUCCAAGCCCAUCUCCAGUAUUCAGUAGUAGUGCCACAACCACCUCUGCUGGCUCCAGCAACAGUGAGCUGGCCAGAGUGCGAAGAGAACUCGAGGAGGCUAAGCGAAAAAUCAAACAAUGGGAAGAUUCAUGGCAGCAAGUGAAGCAGGCAUGUGAUGCAUGGCAGAAGGAAGCUCAAGAGGCCAAAGACAGAGCAAAAGUGGCAGAUACUGACCGGCAAGUAGUAUUACAACAAAAGGAAGAAGUGGAUAAACAGCUUAAAAAGCUGCAGGAGGACUUUGAUGCUUUAUAUCGAUCUCCAAAUUUUCCUCUUCUAAGAAACUAUGGAGAUAUAGACAAGCUUCCACUACCAAAGCUUCAUUCUAUACAAAGUCAAUUGCGUGCAGAUUUGGACCUUGUAGAUGGGGUAAUUUAUCAGCUCCAGUCGAAGAAAUGCAUUGUAUGCCAGGAGCGGGACCGUUCUAUAUUACUUCAGCCUUGCCAGCAUUAUGUCCUCUGUGAGCACUGUGCACCUAACAAAAUUGAAUGUCCCUAUUGCAAAACUAAAGUAAUGAAUUGGUGAUGAAUAUAUUCUAGGUACAUGGGACUAGCCUUUUGAAGAACGACUACACUAUCCUAACAAUUCGAAGCUGUAGUGCCCCCCUCAUGUCGGAAAUAUUUUAAAUUACGCAGUGAGUAUAUCCUACCCUACAAAAUAUAACAUUUAUGUCUGUAUUUUUUCUUGAAUUUUUUUUUUAGUAUGUUUAAGCUCGUCUCUUUCCCUUGGGGAGAAAACUUGCCACGUGCAUCUUGGUAAACCAGUUUAUCAGUGACUUCAGUCCAUUCUUGAGCACGUUAGCCAUACAGUUUACUUUGGUCUGACUGAUGUGCUUCACAAUGUUGCUGCAUUUCCAUCACUUUUGCAGAUGCCCUGUGUUUACAACUGGUUCCUUACCGCAUGCAUUCAGAAAUAAAAUUGAAGUAAACUCAAGGCACUUCAGAAUCAUAGUGUAGGAUCAACUUGCUGUGUAUUUCCAAUGAAUAUUGCAUGCAGAGCACUGCAGCUUUAGCAUUUUUAUGUUCUAGUAUUUUACAUAUAAAAUUAAAAAGGAAAAAAAUUACUAGGUUAUGUGAAGAGGUUUAAUUUCCUGUAACGCACUUUGUUAACAUGGGUUUUUUUUUGUUUAGAGGUUAUAAUAAAUUUGCUUUCAAGCUGCUUUGUAGUUUUUUCCAGAACAUGUGAUAAUAUAAAGCUUUGUAUGUGUACUGUGAAACCUGUUAAUAGAUAUUUGGUAUUCAGAUUCUUACUGUUAAAUCAUAGUACAGUGAAUAUUGUUAGAUUUCCUAUUCUAAUUAAGUACUAUUAUAAAUAUUAGUAUUGUGCAACUUGCUAGGAUUUUUACAUUUUACAAUUUAUAAAUUAAGUGCAAACUUUUAUUGCUUAAAAGAAUAACCAGCAGCAAUUUCAUAAUGGCACAUAAUGCUAAUCUGAGCAAACAAGCAGUCUGAAAAAAAAGUUUGCUAUUUUAUAUAAUAAAAUGAACCAGGCUUAUUUUUUUUUGUUUCUUCUCUGGAACAAGCUGCAUUGACCAGCAUGUGGUUGGAGAUUUUUGUAACUAGCAUCAUGGAAGUUUUAAUGAAUUUUUUUUUUUCUUCAGUUGGUGCAACUCUUAGCCUUGUAAUCAUUUUAAAUGACAAUGUCUAAUUUCUGGCCACUGUUACUAAGUGCCUUCUGCCUUGCCUAAAGCUAAAUUGCAACGACAACUUCUGUCAGACAGGCAAAGGUACUUUGAUGCGAAAUCUUUGCACUGAUUAUAUAUACACACACAUAUAUAUUUAAAUAUAUAAUUAAUGCAAAUCUUAGACCAGCUUUCUCUUACUGUAAAGACGUUAGGUGCAUAAAAUUCAGGAUGAACUCAUAUUGAACAUAGAUGUUGAAAUUGCCAGUUUCUUAUUCUGUCUGAUCUAGAAUAUAGUUAGCACCGGAGGGUGUAACCUGUGCUCGUUCUUUCUUACACUUUUCACUUGACUAAACAGCAUAAUAUGUACAGGUUAUAAUUAAGAAUGAAAAAUUGACCUAUUACUGUGUUAUUUGAAAUAAUUUGUCUUCUUUUUGUCAUUCUGUAUCAGAAGUCCAUUAAUAACAUCGCCAUCAAAGUGUGGAAGUACCAGUUAGUGAUGGAAAGAUACCAGCUGUUUAAAGAAACUAGUUUAUUUUCAAAAAAAAGGAAAAAAAACUGGUUCAUUUGGAUUGUGAACUGUUUGGAGUGAAUGAAACAUCAAUUAAUCAUGUAAGCCAAUUGGCACAAAUCUGAGUGUAUCUUAAAUUUGUAGUGAACCCCAUUAUUGCAAAGUCCAUGUGCAAAUAAGGAUUAUUCCUGGUCCUAAUUGGAACAUUUACUUGAUGCAAAUAGUAUUUGAAAUGUUGCAUUAGAAAUGUUCAGUUCAGUAUGGAAACGAGUUAUUUUCAUCAACAGUGCAGUUGCAACAAACCUUAAUAUGUAAACUUGCCCCAGACCCACUUGCUUCCUUAGUAGAAACCCAAACAAAUGCAAGAGCAGAAAUUAACUUUUUAUAUUAAUUAAUUAGAAUGAGAUAAUAUAAUUUGUAUUUUCAAAAGAUCUUUCAAGCUUACAAACACCAUUGCUGUAUAAAUUGUUGGAUUAGUGGCCAAAUCAAAGUCAAUCUGAACUGAUUUCCUACUUGUACUUUACAAGUUUGAAAAGAAGCAUUUAAUAUAUGUCUUAAGUUUAUAAGCACCUAAUAAAUGUUGGGGCCAUUGUUAUGUGGAAGUCUAAUGCCUGUAUAUCUGUGGGAUGAAGAAGUUAACUUAAUACAACGGUUAAGGACCAACUUCACAAUGAGUAAAGCACACUGCCAUUGUCUAUUACUAUAUGGAUACAUUUAUACUGAGUGUAGUAAACUGAAUAAUUUAUGCUCAAGCUUGCUGUGGUAGAGAUGACAUUUCAGUAUAAAAUUCCUGUCUCUGGGAUCUCGAAUCUCUGUUUGCACAUCAAUUUUAAUAAUGCAACGAAUUGCAAAAUGCUUGAGUAAACACUGACUGUGAUUUGCACUUAGCACACAAAAUUUCUGCACUUUGUUGAAGAGUUAUAAUGGACUUCUAGACCACAUGUUGUCUUUGCCAAAGAACUGUUCUGUAUAGCAAUUUAUUAUCUGUAGUUUUAACAAGACAUGUAAAUACUAAACGGUAGCUAGUUAUAGGCAGAAUUACUGAAACAGUGACCAAAAUUAGAAAUUUUAAUUCUGUAUUGUGUUCUCAGUAAGGGUAAAGAGAUUCCACUUUUUUUGUAUAAAAAUCACGCUUAUUACAUGAAAUGCUCUUUGAUCACAGACUGCUAACAUUUCUUUAAAAAGAAUGUGGAAUGUAUGAAGUUCUACAGUUAUAAAGUACAUUGUAUUGGGUGGAAAAAAUACAACAUAAAAGCAGUCCAGAUUUCAAGGUUUACUUCUGUUCAAGGUUAUUGUGAAGUAAAAUUUUGCUCGGUAUUUUUUUAAAUAUAGUGGCCAUAUGCAUCAAUACUUAGUUAAAUUGCUUACAAAAUUUUAUAGUUUGUUUUUUGUUCUAUUGAAAUUUGUCACAUUUAUGAUAAACCUAUUACAUAUUAAUACUUGUGCACUACUGUUGGCAUUGAAGAGGAACUGUAACAAAACUAGCUCGUUCUUUACUGCAUGUACUGUACUCUGCCAUAUUCAUCAUGGAAUAAGAUUAGUUUUGGAAACAAAAUCACUGUUCACAACUGUGGACUGGGAUGUGGUACUAAUUGUACAUUUGCUAAGUUAAUCACAGCCCAGCCCUUUGCAAAAACCUGGCAACCCAGCCAGGCAGUAGUAAUCAGAAGGGGUCUCCCAGUGUAAACUAUUGACAGGAGAAACAAAACCAAAUGUAAAUCAGACUUAAUGAUUCAUUAUCACGAUAGGACAGAAUUGUCAAAAUCCAGUCAAUUCUCAAUUUGAGGGGAAGAAUUCGCAAUCACUUCUUCCAAAUACUGCUCCUUUAGUUCCAAACGCCAAAGUCUUGAAAAUAUUUUGCUGAACUGAGAUUAUCAGUUUGUUGGCCAUACUGUUUCUCUCCUCCCCUUCCUGUUUGAAAAUUGUGGAUCAUUACUUUAACAGAUCAUAAGUUCUUUUGCAACAGCCAGUCAGUCCCAAAUUUGUUUAUUUAAAAUCUCCAGGUGGCAGAUCUUUAAUUCUGGAGGUCUAUUUUUGAUGGCCUGUUCUUCAAAGCUUUACUACCAUAAGUUGUCUGCAUAGGAUUUAGCUGUAUAUCCAUCAAUAUUCUGCAUAAAUCUUCCUAUUGAGAUAAACUUAGCUUUUUGGAGAAGUUGUCUGAGCUACAAACCUUAGUUGUCCUACCUGAAUCAAAUAUUUCUUCUAUUCUUUAAGGGUGUGUUUACACUAGCACAGUUAAUGUCACUGCAGCAAUAAACUUUGUGUGUAAAUAGAUUUCUCAGUCUGACUCCAAGUAUUGGGAGAGAACUUGGGGAAGUCCCAGCUGCUGGAGAUUUCAAAUACAAUUGCAGAUUCCUUAUCACACUGCAAACACAGUCAAUACCCGCUUUGAACUCAAAUAGCCACUGUUUAUUGAAAAGCACAGAUGCACCCCAUAUCAAUAUUCAUCUCUCAUUCUGUCUAUACUGUACUGUCUGUCACUCAGUUUAUAUUUAUGAUGCACUUUUGGAACAGGUGGUCAAAAUUAGAGCAAUGAAACUCAGUAUAAACCGUUGCAAGAGAAGGCAGGGUCCCAUUGGAAGUUGGUUCAUUUUGCACUUCCAGCAUUUAUGUAGUUUUCUAUUUGUAUAGAAGUGAAAUUAAAUUGGAACAAGACCCUUGCACCUCCACUGGUGCUCUUUUUUUUCCCAAUUGCUCUCUAAGUUAUUGAAUGAUCUGGGACUGUGCCUGCACUGAGCUUAGUGCCUCAGUGUCCCACAGGAACACUGCAUUUCUGACUGCUGCAGUGCUUGGCACCAUUUUACCUGCCCUGGCUGCCCCCUCUCUCUUGUUUCCGCCACACACAAACAAACACACAUCUUGACAAAUUAAAGUACCGGAGCACUUAACUAGAAAUCUGCAGUGCAUACAUAUGGGACACAGAAAUAUCCCAAAAUAAUUAACUACAAUUUGGUACAGCUGUUUCCUUAAGCUACACAAUGAAUCAGUAUUAAUUUUCUUUUUCCAUGUUUCUCCUAUUUAUCAGGUUUCCAGUGUUACUAGUGAAAAGUAAAUAUAUUUAUAGAUUAAACAUAGAUUUUCUUAUCCACAUGCUCUCUGUUAGACAUUAACUGUUAAAUAUGUACAUAAUAAAUCAAAGUAAAUGAUCAAGAUCAGCAAAGAGCGUUUUGAAAGUAACUUGCAAGUGCCAAAACUGCCUUAAAAGAUCAUUCAAACCAUUAAAUGCCAAAAUUUACCCCCAAAAUUCAUUUUACAGAAUAAUUAGUUGUGGUUUAACAAUAUUCCAAAACAUAUUUGAAAGGGAAAGAUACCUGAAGAUCACGGGGCAUCCUUAGUAAUGAAUUGACUAAAAAAAUCCGAUCCUUCAGGAUCAGGAAAGUGGUGCGGUUACAUGCAGUAUGCUAACGAGUGAAUUGAUGAAAUUCCCAUAGUGAGUAGCUUGUCAUUGCUGUACAAGUGGAAAUUAAUCUCUCCCCAGGUGUGUGAAGUUACUGAAGGUGUUUGUAUACAAAUUAUUUCCUCUCUUACAGUAAACUAGUAUUAGGUUUCUUGAUUCCAGAGUGGAGCACAGUUCUGCAUUAGGAAGAGUUGUUUCAAAAGAUGUCUCCAUCGUUACUCAGCUCUCUCUAAAUCUCCAUUAAUUCCAUCUUAAAGAUCUGGCUGGUGUGGUUUACCAGGAGACCAUUCCACUAGCAAAGUGAUUUUUCACAAUUAAUGGACCAGCAAUACAAAAGGAUCUAGUUAACCAUUCCUGUUAUUCUGAAUGCCACAGCCUUUUAACUCCCUUGUUCUGCUUCUUUUGGUGAAAAAUGACAAGCAUGGUGCAGUUCAACGUCAUUCUAUUUUUAACUCUGUUGGAGGGCUGAUUUGCUUGUGCUCAGGCUACUCUAUAGUACCUCCUGCUGAGGGCUGUACUUUAUGAAUAAACCUGAAUUCUCUUUCAGAGUGACAUGGUUUGUUGUUAGUGAGUGCUUUAGGGCACACAUACUGUGAUUAUAUUAGGUAAUGAUCCACUUCUGAAAUAACUUGCUACCAUUCACAAUAAAGUAUUACAUUUCUGUGGCUGUCAGUACCAAACUACUUCCUUCAGGGAUUAUACGGUGAACUUAAAUCUAUUCAAGCUUAUAAACAAAAAAUGCUAGGCUUCACCGUUGGUCACAUGCAAGAAAUUAACUUCUGGCCCUGAACUUUCCACCCUAACACUGGUACUGUAUUGGGCACAUGAGCCUGGACAACUUGUAUCUUUCUAAGAUUGUGAAUCAUCAGUAAGUUGUAAAGAUUUUAGCUUUGCAUUUAUUUUACCUCUAAAUUUUUACUGCUGGGAUUCAGCAUGUGGUGGUGUGCCAUCAUUGUCAGAAGGUGAAUGUAGUGUAAUGCAUGAUGACCAAGGGCCUGAGACUGAACUUCAAUACACUGACAUAAACCAUUCUACUAAUAGUCUUAAGAUCUUAAAAUACUUGUUUUAAAAAAAAAAAAAUUCUUACUGGGAACAGUUUCUAUACAAACACUUUCAGAUUCUUUAUAUGCAAGUUCCUCAGCCUGGGAAGAGCAGUGAAACAGGAAGUAAAACUCCUUUCUCAGGGUAUAAGGAACAAUCUGUCAUGGGAGUUUGUCAAGUAUUAUAUGGAUGUUGAGCUGCCUUUAUCUGUUUAUUUUGGAAGCUCACUGAAAGGGAAUAGCAUUAUGACUGGGCAACAGUAAUGAAGGGCUGUUGGAAGAAUCCUGCAGCCAGUUGCUGUGCACAUCACCACUUUAAAUACAACACAAAUCCAAAAAGAUUCUGCCCAAUUUAUCCCAUUUAUAAUCAUGUUUGUGUCUUGCAGCGUUAUUUUGUCAUGGCAUAUAAAGUUGACUAAUUUCAAAUUUCAUUGCACGGGUAGUGUACAGCCAAACCAGUGAAUAGUUACUUCAGACCUGUAAUCGAGUAUUUCAUCCACUCUGUUCUCCUGGGAAUUUUGACGUUCAAGAAAAUCAUGGGAGAUGCAAGAGUUGAGUGACAUUACUGGCAAAAAAUGUAUUACAACAGUAACAUAUCCGGACUCCGUGUUUUAUGUAUUGACGUGGAAUAGCUCCUAUCUUAACUCCUGUUUAAAUAUAACUGAAAUAUUGUCUUGAUAUUAAUUUUGUGGUCAAAGCGAGACCUUAAUUGAAUAUUAUGGGAACUUUUUUCAUUUUGUGUAUUAAUUUAUGAAAGCCUGUUGUAUGCGGUCUAGGUGAGUGUAUACAAACAGAAUGGUGAUCUGAAUGGAAUGUUCUUUUAGAAGGUAUUUAUAAAUGCAUAAUCAUUUUACUCUAGUUCAUUGUUUAAAUUGUUAACACUUAAGAUUUUUACACUAUAGCAUUUAUGCAGUGGUUUACAGAAUUCAUGGAAUUAUUUUUAUUAUCAAUAUGGGAAUUAAAAUAAUUUUUGAUCCUCAA